GGAUUCAAUUAAUUUAGUUUAACUUCUUCUUUUCCCUUAAACCAAUGGUCUGUUGCUAGUUAUGUAGACACCGAGUGAUUUAUUAUUUUAUCUAUUAAGUGAAAAUUCAAGCUGUAUAUUGAAUUUAUUCGACAUUUUGUAUCAUAUGAUUUUGAAUUUUCUUCAGUCACACUUGCAGUAGCAUUUUCAGAUAGGAUUUAGCUGGCAGUUACACACCGUAGUACACACACUGAUUGACUCAGUCCUGCUUAGGACUUGACUGAGAUGCCGCAUGCUCUGACAGGACAGAGCUGAAGAGAGAAAUCACAGCUAUAGACCAUCACAAUGAAGGAUUUUCAAGCGCUCACUGUGUGGCAGAAAGUCCAGUUAUUUUACCAUGGGAUUUUGGAAAAAGGAGACAAAAGGACAGACAACUGGCUUCUGGUCUAUUCUCCUGUGCCAAUUAGCUGUGUCUUCCUGUGUUACUUGAUCACUAUAUGGGUGGGGCCAAAGCUAAUGGCAAGGAGGCAGCCAGUCAACCUCAGACCUGUCUUGAUAGUUUACAACUUUGCCAUGGUCUGCCUGUCUGCCUACAUGUUCUAUGAGUUUACAACCUCUUCCUGGUUGGCAGGAUACAGUCUGCUGUGCCAGCCAGUGGACUACAGUGACAGCCCAUUGGCCAUGAGGAUGGCCAGAGUGUGCUGGUGGUUCUACUUCUCCAAAGUUAUAGAGCUCUGUGACACUAUAUUUUUUAUCCUAAGGAAGAAGAACAGUCAACUGACCUUCCUCCAUGUCUACCAUCACGCCACAAUGAUCUUCAACUGGUGGGCUGGGGUUAAAUAUGUGGCUGGUGGACAGUCUUUCCUGAUAGGUCUGAUUAACUCCCUCGUCCAUAUCGUGAUGUACAUGUAUUACGGCCUGGCAGCUGUGGGACCAAGCAUGACCAAAUACUUGUGGUGGAAACGUUACCUCACCACCCUACAGCUGCUCCAGUUUUUCAUAGUGACUAUCCAUACCAGCUACAAUCUGUUUGCUGACUGUGACUUCCCUGACUCUAUGAACAUCACCGUUUUGGCAUAUUCUCUCAGCCUCAUCAUUCUCUUCAGUAACUUCUACUACAGAAGCUACCUCGUCAAAAAGAACAAGAAAACUUAACUCAAACUCAAAACUGUUAUGAGAGAGGAAAAAAAGGAAAU